GAUCAAAAUCAAAUAGGUCGCUGGCAGAAAAAGAAAAGAAAAAAAGAAGAUGAAUAAUCCUUUGACUUGGAAUUUGGGAUGCCAUUUAUUCCCUAAACUCUAAUUCCUGCCUCAAACAUAAAAAAAGAAAGCAGAGGAGAUCUAAUCGAUCAAGCAGAAACUAAAAAAAAUAAAAAUUCAGAAAUGGGGAAGGGAGUUCUGGAGCUGCAGCUGGUCGAUGCCAAGGGACUUCAGAACACCGACCUAAUCGCAGGAAAGGUAGAUCCUUACGUGGUGAUCCAGUACAGAGGCCAAGAACACAAGAGCAAGAUUGCUCGAGGUCAGGGAAGUAAUCCUACGUGGAACGAGACGUUCCGGUUCCUGGUUCGCUCGCCGGCGGCGGCGGCUGCAGACCACCAGAACCAGCAGCACAAGGUCACGUUGAGGGUCAUGGACCACGACACCUUCACCGCCGACGACUUCCUCGGCGAGGCCACGAUCUACGUGGGAGAUGUGAUUGCUCGAGGGGUGGAGGAGGGGGCGGCGGAGCUGCAGACUACCAAGUACAGGGUGGUGCUUGCCGACCGGAGAUACGGCGGAGAGAUCCGAGCUAGUGUUACCUUCACUAACAAGGAGACGGAAGAAGAGGAAACAGGAGAAGAGUUUGGUGGAUGGAAACACAGCUUUCGCUCCUAAGAUUUGUUUAAGCACUUGUUUGCUAUGAAUGUUAUGAAUGCUGUUUGUUUUGUUAGAGUUUGUUUAUGGAGAUUGUCAAUGUGAAUUGUUAUGAAAGAUUAGCGACUUUUAUUGUUUUGGUCAGACACUUUGUUAUUAGUUUUGUAUUAGAGCAAGUUUAUCAUUUUAAUAAAAGACUAGUCAUAUUAGCAGA